UUUUGACGUACUGAAAUAGAGUUGGGUUAAGGACGCGUAAAGUCUGAGCUUUAUCGCACUCCGUACUUGUGUUACAUCUAAACUCUUCCUUCUAGUUUCCCAUCAUUGCCCUAUCUGUUCCUCGUUGUUGCGUAGCACGUUAGCAAGAUGAGCGGGGCAAACGGUAAAAAGGGUCCUUCCUCCGGUGUGAUGGAGUGGAUCGGUACAGCGUGUCGAUUUGCAACAGACAGAAACGACUUCAGAAGGAAUCUUCUGGUCAACCUGGGCUUGUUUGCAGCGGGUGUUUGGGUUGCAAGAAAUCUCUCAGAUUUUGAUCUGAUGUCUCCUCAGCCCGUGACAUAACCUGGUCAAAAUACCACACCACCGGAACCAGGAUGACGGUGUCUUGGACCAACAAAGAAGACAGAAGGGACAUGAAUACAUAACUUUUUGUAUGACUAGUUUUACUUUGAAAACAGAUCAUCUUGUUGAUCCAAAUCAGCUUCAUCAGUGUUCUUUGUCCCAUCGAUUUUGAAAUAGCUUUCAUUUAAUGUUUAAAUUUGAAUCGUGUGUGAUGUGAUUUCUGCAGCUAUGUCCACUCAGGAGCUCUUUGUUGCUGCAGCUCGUAAAUGUCUCUCUGCUGGUAGAAAAUCUCUUUCCGUCCCUCAGAGUCUGGAUCUGGCAGUUCAGGUCUUGGCUCUUGAUUUGGGCUUGAAACCGGCUUUAUUGUACGAUAGCAACGGUGCCGGUGCAGAUCAGGUGCAACAGUAUUUGAGCUCUUUGCAGUCUUCCCAGCUUGUGUCUAAGUCACUUCUCACACUGGAUUUAAAUGGAAACACUCUUAUUAUUAAUCCACUUACAGUCAGAUCAAAUAUAGAACUGCUGAUUCAUGAUAACAACGUGGCUGUUAUUGAUGUCUGCCACUCACUGGAGAAGCCCACCAUCGCUGGCCUGCUCAGAGGAGAGCUGAAGAGCAUGGCACAUGAUUUACAGCUUCUCCUGAGAGGGCUGGAACUGAAGGAGGCUGAGAAACCUCGUUAUGUUGGAGAGAAGUCAGAGGAGUGGAACCUGUGCACAGCGUUUGGUAUUUUAUUGGGUUUCCCUGUCACUUAUUGGUUUGAUCAGACCAAGAGUUUUGAAAACUGUCUGACCAUGACUCCUCUGAUGGUGACUACAGCUUCAGCCACAUGGCGGGCAGACACCGCAGGUCACAGGUGUUGUUUCUACUCCUUCAGCGUCCCAGCUGUUGUGCUUAAAGCGGUGAAGUGCAACCUGGAAAACUGGAAGCUUCGUUUAGAAGAAAGAUUUCAGCAGCAAAAUGUCCUAAAGGAUCUUACAGUUUGUCAAUCCCAAGUCACUCUGCCCUCAGUCUGUUUGUAGUGCAAGCAUGGACAUAAACUGUUAAAGA